AUGGAACGGCAGACAAGGUCGAAGGUGGCGGGGGCGACGACAGACGGUGAAGGUGUCGCUGAAUCAUAUGAUAUCAAAAGGUUAGAAGCGGAGACAAAACUGGAGAAAAUGCGUAGAACUGAUGAGAGACUGAGGGAAGCGAGUCUUCGAGAUCAUGAAUUUCGGUUGAAGGAACUUGAACUGCGUGCUCAACAAACACGGGAAACCCCUUCUAACACUGCACUUCGGGCCAUAGAACGGACUAACUUUUUCGCCAAAUCGUUGAAACAUUUGUUGGGGCCAUGUCCGACAGACAUCAGAGAUGUACCAGCAUAUUUUGUCCGAAUAGAAAAGAUUUUCGAUAACCAUGAUGUGGAUUGGGACAUUAGGGCGAAUUUAUUAAUGAUGAAUUUAAAUGAUGGAAUGAAGUCCUGGCUUGAUAACCUCAGUGGAGAAGACAUGCGAGAUUAUGCGAAGGUAAAACAACAUUUACUUCGAGAAUAUCGUAUUAACCCCGUUCGUUUGCGAGAUGAAUUUUUUGCAAUGCGGAGACAGAAGGAGGAGUCGUUUGUUAUGUUCGCUCAUCGACUGCACAACACGCUUCAGUUUUACUUACAAAAUCGUGAAGUCGAUUCAUUUCAAAGUGUGGUAAAUUUGAUUUGCGCCAACCGCCUGAAGGAACUUCUUCAGAAAAACGUGUUAGAAUUCGUGUUAACCCAAGAAAUGGACGACUGGAUGGAUUAUGAGAGGACCGGUGCUACAGAUGUAAUACGUCAGGGCAUAUCGCAAGAUUUUGUAACCGAAAACCGACAUCAACCGACAAAACGUAUUCUUAAACGCGAGGUUACUUCAAAACCGAAAUGGCUACACGUCAUAACGAAUGCGAGUCAACAAGGGAAAGUGCCAAGGGUCAUACAGGCGGACAAGUUUUAUGAAAGGUCGUACGUUGAUGUGAUGCUGAACGAUACACUAAAUCGGAAGGCUCUGAUUGAUAGCGGAGCGGAGGUUUGUUGCAUUAGUGAAGAUUUGUGUGAAAGUUUGAAUCUGCCAUUAGAAGGUAAGUUAAUGGUAAGAGGUUUGGAACCAGAGGGUAAGGAGGUAGAUGGUGUAUGGAUAAAUCUGAAACCGAUACCAGGUGAUGAAAGGUGUAGGGUUAUGGCUCCUGCGGUGAAGGUGUGGUGUGCAGUGAUACCAGGUUUGGUAGAAGGUUUAUUGAUAACUCCAGGGGUGGUAGAGUUAUUAAACGAAGUCAAGCACUACGAGGUUCCCAGUCCUGUGAACGAUGAUGAUGAGCAGAGGGUGGGGGAGGCAAUGUCUGACUGUGAUGUGGAAGAGUGGUCUAAUCGGGAUGGGGAUGGGAUAACUGAUGAGGUUGGUAGAGGAGAAGGGUUGAUAGGUACCGACAAUGGAAUAGAUGAAGAAGGUCAUGACGAGGCGAUAAAUGCUGACGCGAAUGAGUUUAAAGUAAGGAAAAUUGGAAAAAAUCAACAAAAGAGGUCCUUCAUCAAACGAGGAGAGAUUAGUAGAAUUGAUUUCUCUACUGAAAUUCCUGAGAAGCAAUGCCUUGCUAGAUAA